UGUAAAUGUGUGUGUGCGUCUGUCUGUGUAUGUGUGUGUGAGUGCGUGUGUGUGUGUGUCUCAGGCUGUCAGAAUCUAUCUGACUAAUUCAGUCAUACGCGGCGUGUGGGCCCCUGGGCCCCUCGAGUCCCGUCCCAAACUGGCCAGCCUGCCAGCCCCCCACCCGACCGUCUCCACGGUCUGUAAAUUCUGCCGCCGUGGCCCCUGGAAGAUGAGCGAUGGCCCCUUGCAGGACUACGAGCUGCUGUCCCCGGGGCCGUCCCUGCCGGGGGCCCCCACGCUGCCCCCCCUGGCGGGGUACACGGAGCAGGGCGCGGCGCUGGUCUUCGUGGGCCUCCUGCUGCUGCUGCUGGCGGUGCUGGUGGUGCGCUGCUUCCGGGUGCUGCUGGACCCCUACAGCCGCAUGCCCGCCUCGUCCUGGACCGACCACAAGGAGGGGCUGGAGAGGGGUCAGUUCGAGUACGCCCUGGUGUAACCCCCCCCCCCCCCCACCCCAGCACCC